UGCACUGUAGAAGUAUGGGUUGCCAUAGUAGUCCUUUAAAAUGCGCAUGCGUGUGAAAACCCACGAAUAUCCUUAACAUCUUGCGUUUAUUUGACGUCAGAGGAUAGCGUUGUACAUGUAUUAAUACAUAAAUAAGUGCAUGUACAAGUUUUAAAAAAUAAAUAUUUCCAUUGAAACCAAGUUAUUCAAUUUCAGUGAUCCUUUCAUUAAAUUUCAAAAAUGAAAUUAACUCUACGGCGUUACGCGGUAUUACUAUGCCUUCAAUUUACCUGCUUGCUAUUCGAUUUGUUUUUCAAUACUUUUGCACAUUUUUUUCUUCCCUCGAAAAUGCAGUUUUCAAUACUGCUCUUUGUCUGCCAGGAUAUUGUGAUUAUCUGCGAAUAUGUCCUUAUCACCUUUACUGUACAUUCCACUUGUGUUUAUCAGGUCGGCGGCGCCUCGGUAAUUUUGCGUAAUUGCAAGUUCUUUUUGCUCACAAUUCUUACAUACUUCCUGCUUUCGGCUGCGCAGCAUUUUUGGAUUAUUUACAAUAUGAUAGCUGAGCCAACAACAAGUUGGUCACAUGCUUUGAUCGUUUUGGCUUUUGUGCAGCGACUUGUAUCUCUAGUUUAUUAUCAUGCUUGCAAGGAAACGGCUUUAACGGUAUCGGAUCCUCGAUAUUAUGAGGAAAAUAUUGAUUGGAUUGCUGAGCAGUUGAGCUACAAGUAAUUCAGGACAUGCUGGGUUAUGUAUUGAAUUUCGCUGUUAAAUGUUGACACAAAUAAAUGUAGAUUAAAAAAAAACCG